AGGCGGGAAUGAUUGGUUUAGGGCACCGAGGUCCGAUCUCAAACGAAAUAUACCGAAAAUAAGCAUGUUUACCUGGGUGACUUGUGUUGACAAUUUUGUCCUAAAAUUAAAAGUAGUCUAUUAGUGAUUGAUGUACGAAAUUAAUCAACCAAUUAAGCAUAAUUCUAGAUGUAAAAUGUCAAAAUUUAGCGACAUUUAGCGGACUAAAAUUCAGUGUGACGUCACGAGGGUGAUCAACAAAGUUGAUUUCUCAGGAGAGCAGCAUCUUUCACCGUGGUUUCAGGACCUUUUAUCUUUGUCAUAAAAAAGUUCAUUUUGAUUGUGAUGAAAGAUCGAUGAUUUAACUGACAAGGAAGCGAGUCAAAAAUGGCCAAAUCGGUCAAUAGCUGAUUUUAACUAGAAAUGUUCAAUAAUAUCGGCGGGGGACCGCCAUCUUGGACAUCCAACUCUGCUAGUGGGCCGACAUCUCGCUCGAAUAUGAUGGAGGCUGGGAGUAUUAUGGAAAAUGUAAACAUUCAUUCAUCAUUAGAUCCAAGAAAGCAAGAGUUACUCGAGGCUCGGUUUUUAGGAGGCAGGUUUCAGCCAUUAAACAUUACACAAUCUCAAGACAACAGCAACCAGAGUGCAGGAUCAGUGGAACAGUUAGAUGAGGGCGUGGGUGUUAGCACUCCAGAAAAGCAACCUCGUACACCAACAGAGCGCAAAAGGAAAAGAAAAGCAACAAGUGAUGGAAGUGAAAGCAAUACUCCAAAAACAAGACCAGAAGCAAAUGGGAAGAAAAUCAAUGAAUAUUUCAAGAACCAGUCCCCAAACAGAACUGGGUCAAUAAAUCCAACAACAGGAGCGAAAUCUCCCUCACCACAGGGUUUAUCUUAUUCAUAUACAGCCCCGUCACCCAGCAGUAUAUACAACAGUAACUCUGACAGUUUACACGGCUUUCCUCCUGUACCUUUGUACCAGUGUUCAAAAGGAUUACAGACUGAACUGACAUGGCAACAGAUACAGAUUUGGGAAAGUAAAGCAUCUUCAGAUAUAGAGCAGAAAGAUACUAGGAUAGACGAAUUAAUAAGGCAAAAUGAUGAACAGCGACGGCAAAUUACUGCACAACAGAAACUAAUAGACAAACAUAAAGAAAAUCUUCAGAAAUGUUUGAAUGUAAAUAAAUCUCUCCUAAUUGAAAAGAGUAAAUUAGAAAAGAAGACAACACGACAAAAGAGUAUGAGUAACAGGUUGCGGCUGGGUCAGUUUGUUACACAGAGACAGGGAGCUACGUUUGUAGAGAACUGGAAUGAUGGAUGGGCUUUCACAGAUUUGCUUAAGCAGCAAGAAAGAGUUGCCUCAGAUCGUGAAGAAAUUGAAAGGCAAAGAAAAGUUUUAACAAAACGGAAACCCGGUGGUGCUGGACCAAAAAGUAUAAAGCCAGAUUUUAUAAAACCUGGUCAAGAAAGAAGUUUAUCAGUACCAGAAUAUUAUGAAUUGGAUGAGAUUCUCAAGUUACGGCAAGCUUCUCUCAAGAAAGAAGAUUCUGAUGUACAGUUAGAACUGGAAAAAUUAGAAAGAGAGAGAAAUUUACAUAUAAGGGAAUUAAAAAGAAUUCAUAAUGAAGAUAGUUCUAGAUUUAAAGAUCAUCCUAUAUUGAAUGACCGGUAUCUUCUCCUUAACUUAUUAGGGAAAGGAGGAUUUAGUGAGGUCCAUAAAGGAUUUGACUUGAAGGAGCAGAGAUAUGUGGCCUGUAAAAUCCACCAACUCAAUAGAGAGUGGAAGGAUGACAAAAAGGCUAACUAUAUCAAACAUGCUCUUCGAGAGUAUAACAUACACAAAAGUCUGGAUCACCCCAGAAUUGUCAAGUUAUAUGAUGUGUUUGAGAUUGACAAUAAUUCAUUUUGUACAGUACUGGAAUAUUGUGAAGGGAAUGAUCUGGACUUUUAUCUUAAACAAAAUAAAUCCAUUCCGGAGAAAGAGGCUCGGUCCAUUGUCUCCCAAACUGUUAGUGCUCUGAAAUAUUUAAAUGAGAUCAAACCACCUGUGAUUCAUUAUGACCUUAAACCAGGAAAUAUAUUACUUGGUAGUGGGUCUGUUAGCGGUGAGAUCAAAAUCACUGAUUUUGGUCUCAGUAAAAUUAUGGAUGAUGAGAACAUUACCUCUGAUGGCAUGGAUCUCACAUCUCAAGGGGCAGGAACAUACUGGUACUUGCCACCAGAAUGUUUUGUUGUUGGGAAAAAUCCACCAAAAAUAUCUUCCAAGGUGGAUGUGUGGUCAGUUGGUGUCAUAUUUUAUCAAUGUUUAUAUGGUAAAAAGCCAUUUGGCCAUAAUUUAUCCCAAGCUGCCAUUUUAGAAGAAAAUACAAUUCUCAAAGCAACAGAGGUGGAUUUUCCAUCAAAACCUCCAGUCAGUUCUGAGGCAAAGAAUUUUAUUAGGGCAUGUCUCAGGUAUAAGAAAGAGGAAAGACCAGAUGUCAUGCAGUUGUCAUUACAUGACUAUCUUAAACCUACAUCUAUAAGAUCUAAAGGAUAUGCAACAGUGCUAGAUAUUUAGUUGGUAGCUCCUGACAAGUGGAAAAAUUAUAUUAUACAUCCUAUUGAAGGACCUACUGGUAGUUACAACCACAUUGGAAUAAACAGUAAUUCUAGCAUUAAUCAGCCUAGUCAGCCUUCGUUCACAUUUGGGGAUAAACUGUGACGGGGAGAGACACUUGCCAAUCUGUGACUCUUUUGUUCAGGGAACUUUACCCUGGAGGAAACCAAAAAAGCGUUAAUUGUUGUUUUGAAUUCAUGAAAUUGUGAAGUCCAGUAAAUUGUUAUUGAUGGCUGUGUUUAUUUUCAGCAUAUUUGCCAUACUUUAUUCACAUGUAUACAUUUAUAAUAUUUUGGGAUCAUAUUUGGGUAUUAUGCAGGUGGUAGCAUCUUCUGUGAAUAAAUCACAAAUUUAAUUCAUACUAAGUAUUUUAAAACUUUAAACACAAUGCAACUUUACAAAAGAAAAUAUUUAGAUUUUUUUCUUAUCGAACAUACUUGUAUAUUUUCUGAAAAAAAUGAUAGUAUGAUAAAUCCAUGGAAUAACUUCUUCAAAUAUAGAAACUGUUUGAACUCCCACAUUAUUUUGAAUUUUUCCCUUUAUAAAUAUUUCUGUUUAAUCAUAUGUAAGGAAACUUAUACACAAUAUACUAAAAUAUAUGCACAUUUUCAGUGUUAAAAAAAAGAUAAAGGUAAAUUGAUGACAAUUUGGGGUUUUAUUAAAUGGUAAAAUAUUGAUUGAAUAUAAAUACAGCCAUGCAAAAUAUGGACAUUAAUUGUUACAUGAGUCAGAUGAUUGUGUGUAAUUAGCUGCUUGUGUAAUUGUCUGUUUACAUGUUAGUUAUGCACACUUUGAUUGAGAGGGGAAAAUGAAGGGCAUGGGUUGGAAUGAUAGGUAAAGCAGCAUAUAUAAUUGGAAAGAGGUAUAAAAUCAAGUCUUUUGGGGUUAUUUUCUUACAAAGCUUCUUAUGGUAUUUAUUUUGACACUGCAUUAUUAAAUUUUCCGUAAAAAGGAAAUACUGUAAACUGUUCUAAGCUGCAUAAAAUCAGUUAUAAGAAAAUCUAUUUUUGCAUAAAAAAUUAUGUGUUCCAACUUUUAGCAGAUAAUAUUCCUUACAUAUAUAUAUUAUAUAUAUAGGAACAUUUGAAACAUACAUGUAAUCAAAAGUUAUAAUUUUUUUGGGGUCUUGCAUUUUUACUCUCUUUUUACACAUACACGUUUAAAGGGGUACUAGCUACGAGAUAUAUAAAAAAAUUAAAGUAAGAUUUUUUUUUGAUAAAUCAAUAAUGAAAGUGAAAUAGUGAAAUAAUAAUUCGCUUUUAGCAGCCAAAAUAGUUCAAUUUUGUCAAAAUAAGCGAAGAAACAUUGAUAUUUCCUAAUUCACUUGCAAGUGAAUCAGUCGACCUCAUUAAAUCCGUAUUCAUGUGAACUUAAGUUUAACCCUUAACUAGAGAUUUACAAUGCAUGCAUUGUACGUGUACUUGUUAUUUUUAAAGAAAAAGAAUGUCAACAAUGAAAGUGAAACGACGGUAAACCAUUUGAUUACUCAUUCGAUCCAUAUAAAAUCAUUCUUAUACGCUUAAAACAAAUAGAAACAUAUAUGUUUAAUCUAUAAAAUCAAAUCAAACAGACCUAUAAAAAUAUAAUUGCACGUGUUGGUUUAAUCUAUUUAUAUCUUUAUUAUGUUAACAUCGCUUAUAUGGUCAUUUGAGGUCAAAUCGAUAGUUAAUUAGAUGGCAUCUAGACUAAAAUUCACACGAAACGAACCUACAUAUUCUCUACCCCAUGCUCUGUAAACAGUUUCUUUUUUACUUUUGGUAGUUUGGAUAAAUGUUUCACAUUGUUAUAAAUCAAAUAUGAGAAUUUUAGUCAAAUCUGUGACCAUGAAUUUGACAGCUAGUGCCCCUUUAAAUCUUUUAUAAAUAAUUUAAAUUUAGUGUUUUUGGAUACUUAGUACUGGAUUUCAUUUCAGAAAGGUAUACUGAGGAAUCUCUGUUUAAUAUACUUCCUGUUUCAAUAAACGUGUAUAUUUACCAAAUGUUUUUCCAUGUGCAAGUUAUAAAAUUUUGGUUGCAUCAAAUAUUGAGCUUUGAAAGUUAAUGAUUAUUACCAGUAGCUCAUACUAUGGUUUUGUUAAAUGAAAUUAUUAAUUUUGAAAAUUUUUAAAUUUUAAAAUCGAAGUUGAAUUAGCCACCAGUUUUGUAGUCCCAUAUGAUUUUUUUUCUGAAAAUAGAUUUUCUUAUACAACUUAGCUCACACAGUAAGUUUUCAAGCAAACAAGCAAGUCAUCAAGGGAUUUAUUUUUAAAAAGCACACAUGGGAUCAUUAUUUAAACUUGGUAGUUGAACAUACUAAACUCCCGUCACAAUAUUAUAAAACUUUAAACAGAUGUGAAUCUAGGCUAUAUUGCAUCAGCAUGACAUCGGUUUUAUUUGUUGUAUUUUUAGAAUAACACCAGAAAAUAAUGGGUGUGAUGAAGAUUGUUAAUUGUUCAAUUUUAUUGAAAUUUUUAUAUUUUAGCAAUAAGAUUUAUUUUAGUUAAUAAGUGCUAGAAAGUGUUGUAUAAUCAGUGAUUUGCACAUCCUUUUAACAUUACUGACGGUGAUCGGAAAAAGAUUUUACUUUUUCAAGAUGUGCAAGUUAUCUGGUACAACCUAAUAUUUUGGUGCCAAGAUUGUCCCAAUUGAUUUUACAAGAUGUAAUUAGGUUGUCUUACAUGAAGAUUUUAAUUUAAUUUUAUUUCUUUGCCAAAAUGGGGAAGAAAGGCAAAUGAGGGGAGAAAACUCUAGAUGUCUUUCAAAUUACAGUAUAUUAUCUCCCCUAUGUUUGCUCCUAAAGAGCAGGCUGUUUGAUAUGUGAGAAUUGUUACUGAUUUGUAUUUUAUGAAAUGAUUGUACAGAAAGUGAAAUGUGUCAGUUGUUUGUGUAUUGAAGGGUAAUGUGUGACUGUGUGAUUCACGUUUUAUGCAAAAGUGUGAGUUGGUCCGUCUACAAUCUGGUCAAUCUGGUCAAUCAUGUCCUUUACAUUUUAGAUAAAUUGUUUCUUAAUCAUGAGAUUUUAAAUGUUGUAUAUCUUAGGAAAUUUUUUACAGAAUUAUGCUUGUAAUAUUAAGACUUUUAUAUAUUCAGCUGUAAAAGAAGCACAUUUUAUUUGUGGCAAGUAUGCCAAAAUAUUUAUUGUCGGAAUAUCAAGUUUUUUGUUGUCAGUUUUAUAAACUUCUAUUUAAAGUAACAACAUUUGGAAUAUAGAUUACUGUUCUUGUCACUCUAUAAACCCCAUCUCUCCCUCCAACCAACAUCAAUGGGGGACAUUUUUUUUCUUUUUAGAUAAAAGGUUUAUAAAUAGGAUUAAACAUAGUACAAUGAAUCAAAACUUGAUCAAAUCAGAAAAUCUAUGCAACUUAUGUGUUGGUCUUUGAAUCCAUCCACUUGUGAUAUUAAAUGAUCAGGGUGACCAAAUUCAUUCACCUAUUGACAUCGUUAACUUGAGUAAAGAAGGAAGACACACAAAUUUUCAUUUCAGUGUUAUUCCUGUACUAUAGAAAUCCACAGUCCUUUGAACUUAUUUCACUUUUUCUAUACAUUUUCUUAUCUAUUCUCUAUUUUCUUCCUUUGAAAUCGUCUUUUUGGAGUCUGUAAAUUACUUGUAUGUUAUUGUAUCAUUGUAAAGUAAUGUAUCAGUUAAAUGAUACUAAUUUCAUUUGGUAAAAAAAAAUAUUGUGUUCAUAAUAUGUUAUUUUAGUAUUCUGAAGAUCGAUUGUUGAGAAAAAUUUUAAUUUCCAUUUUCUUUUUUAGGAUUUUGUUAGACUGACAAUAAUAUUAGCCAUUUUAAAUGCUAGUGUCAAUGGCAAAUUCCCUAUUAUACUCUUAAGAAUGAAAUUUCUUCUUAGAAAAUAGUUAUUGAAAUUAGGUAAUUAAAUUUGGUGUAAUGGAAGUUUAUUUAAAGAAUCAACUGUAUAUGGAAUCAAAAGAAUAUGUAUUGACGCGAUGUUUAUUGGUAUUUUAUAUAAGUCUUUCAUUUUAAUGGACCAGACAAUGUUUUAAGUGUGAAUGUGAGAGAGAGAAUGUACAGUUAACCCUUCACACAGUUGUGAAGGAUAAUAAAUUAAUAUUUUUCAUGUGA